GUCAAGUUUCAAUGAAGUGACAAGAUGAAGUUUAUAGUGCUAGCGACGUUGCUUGUUUUGGCAAAUGCCAAACAUGAGGAAUAUAUUGGAUGGAAAUCCUACUACGUAGGUGCAUCCACGCAAGAACAGGUCAAAAGUCUGAUAGAACUCGGUGACCAAUUGGACCUGGACUUCCUAAGCCCAGCCCAUACACAUCGGGAAGCUUUGGUCUUGGUACAACCUGAACAUCAAGAGGAAUUCGUGAAGAAUCUUGAGUCAUUGGGCAUUACAUACAGGACGCAUACUGACAAUGUUAAAUCGGCACUUGACCAAGAAGAUGAAGUCAUUGAAGAGUGGACCAGGUCUAGCGCCAGAAGUGGAGCCAGAUCUAUGCCUUACAAUAACUACCAAAGAUUGGACGUGAUUUACGCCUACAUGCAAGACAUCGCCAACAGGUUCCCAAACACAGUCAGACUGGUAACCGCUGCAAAUUCCUUCCAAGGCCGUCCCAUCAGAUACUUGAGAAUCUCCACCACCAACUUCGAGGACCACAGCAAGCCCGUCAUCUUCAUCGAUGGUGGAAUCCACUCCAGGGAAUGGAUCUCUCCCCCCACUGUCACCUGGGCUAUCAGGAAACUGACUGAGGACGUUACUGAGCCUGAUCUGCUGAACAACUAUGAUUGGAUCCUUCUGCCUGUUGUCAACCCUGAUGGUUAUGAAUUUACUUUCACUAAUACCCGUUUCUGGCGCAAGACCCGCUCAACCAACACUCACUCUAGUAGUUCUUUCUGCCCCGGAGUCGACGGCAACCGCAACUAUGAUUUCGCCUGGAAUACCGUUGGAACUAGCAACAGUCCUUGCUCCGACAUCUAUGCUGGAAAUCGGCCCUUCUCCGAAGUGGAGACUCAAGUUGUCCGAGACAUAUUACAAGAACAUCUGGCUCGUAUUGCUUUGUAUAUCACAGUUCAUAGCUACGGUAGCAUGAUUUUGUAUCCAUGGGGUCAUGAUGGCUCCUUGUCCCACAAUGGCUUAGGUCUUCACACAGUUGGAGUCGCCAUGGCGAAUGCCAUCGAUGCUCUUUCUUUACCCAACUUCCCUAGAUACGUAGUUGGCAACUCUGCUCUGGUUCUGAACUACAGAGCGGCCGGUGCUGCAGAAGAUUAUGCUCACUCCAUAGGUGUUCCUCUAGCUUAUACUUAUGAGUUACCUGGUCUUUCCUGGGGCAAUCAAGGGUUCCAUUUAGACCCUCGUUACAUUGAACAGGUGUGCCGUGAAACUUGGGCUGGUUUUGUAGUAGGAGCCAGAAGAGCUGCUGAAUUAUUCAAAAAAUAAAUUUAAGUGAUACCUUCUAAGUUAUAUUUGAUACUGAUAUUUUUAAGUAAAUAUGUUUUUUUUACAA